AUAACGAAGAAAAUCCACGGUAAGAACAACGAAAAUGGCAUUGCAAGCACGAGCACGAUCCCUUUACCGCUCUCUUUACAGAGAAGUCAAGCUCCAGUCCCACCCAGUGGUCACCGUCAACAAUGCCGACGUCCCCUAUAACUCGCAAUACCUUACCCACCUCCGAGCAACAUUCGACAAAACUCUGCCAAAUCCUGAGAGCGAGCUGAAGAAGGGUGAUGACUUUUUGCACUUUUUGCAGGGACAGAGGGAGUAUAAGGCGUUGUUGGAGAGAUACAACCCCAGUAUCGGUAUGGAUCCUGAAGAGAAGAUUAGAUUGACUGGAAGGAGAGUCGGAUUCGAUCUCCCAACGGAGUAUAAGGAGGACAAGUAAAGCCAUGGAUCACAACCGGAGGGGGCACAAGUACGAUAUCACCACGACCAACGCACAAUAUAUCUUCUACAGCAUCUUCACAACCUUCACAUGCGGUCCUCCAUCCUCAUUAAACACCCCCAACUUCUCAUCCAUCACAUACCCACACUUCUCAUAAAACCCUCUCUUGUCCUCCUGACUAUUC